AGUUUUUACUCAAAUACGAGUUACCAGACUGCGUUUUCUAUUUCAUCUGCUAAUCAUUCUGAGAAAAGAUUCCUGGCAUUCAAACUGGGGUAGACUCUGUAUGUUGUUGUAUAAGUUUCUAGGCUUGACACUCGAAGCGUGGGGCUGUAACCGGAACCUAAGUACACUACCGGCUAAUUAAUCCUCCAGCUUCCCAGCGCAGGCGAGAACAAACCAACAGGGGCGCAACACUUUACCUGACUGUUCCCCAAACAUCUGUGCAAAGAAUAUCAGUCUUACCAAUGUAAAGAGGGUGCUAUUUGUUAUCAGCAUUCCUCUCUAAAUUCUAACACAACAGGCCUGUGUGGCAUGCAGUCAAGAGCCUGAAAAAAUAACCCUCCGAGUAAAGUCACGUGAUGUGUGGCACACAGGCGACAGGUGGAUAGGGUGGGUGACCCGACAGAAAGGCGAGCUGUGUGUGCCAGGUUUGUUGACAGGACCCGCAGCGCUGGCAGGGCGGCGAGGGACGGAGCCAUGUUCGAAAUGCUCGGGCAGGUCCGGCGGGGGCGCCGCUCAUCCUGCCCGUCCAUCAUCCUCAACGACAAGCACGCCGCCGCCGCCGCACUCUACAACUCCCCGGAUGCGAUAAUCGUGCAGAGCGCAGUGGUGUCGCUAUUCCAACACAAGAAACUACCGCCAAAUGAGCUGGACUUGUUAAACGAGAAGAUAAGAAUGCUUAUGAAGACAGAAGUCGGACCAUUCAUUUUAGACUACUUCCAGAAUCAGUUAUUGAAGAAAGGAAUGGUGAUUCUACGGGAAAAGAUCAAGAGAGAAAAAGGCCAACAGCUGCUGGAGUGUCUGUCGGACAUAUGGGAUUAUUUCUUCUGCGAGGUGCUGCCCAUGCUGCAAGCCAUAUUCUGUCCCGUGCAGGCCACGGGCUUUUCUGUUAGAGAGAUGUCGUUAGUCGGUUUCAGAGACACAAUCUUGUUGAAGAUAGCAUUUUCAGAUGCAUUGGAUACCCCGGAUGUUGUCAUCAGCCCUUCCAUCACGCAAAUGCUGCUUGUCUUACAGAGUGUACACGAUAACAACCCGGAAUACCUCCAGUUGGAGUCCCUGGUGGCCAGAAUAGUGAGCCCGUACCUGGGGCUGCGCGGGCUGUACAUGGGCGGGCCGGAACCGCUCAUCCCCGCCAACAAACCAGUCACCGUCGUGCUCAGACAGAAGACACUGGGCGACGAGCCGUUGAAAGGUGAACGCCCCCUCAGCAUGCAGCUCUUCCCGGCCCAACAGCUGGACGAGCAGCUCCCCUCCCCGGGUCGGGGGGAGGCGCACAAGCGCGCGCCGUCCGCUGUGGGGCAGGGCUUAGACCCGCUGGUGGAGGGGGAGGUCAUGACGCGCGGGUACGGCAGGAGGCACAGCAUCGCAGGGGGCGCGGGGGACAGCCCCAAGAGCCAGGCCAACGUGACCCAAGUGGCAGGGUCGGACUGAAGGGACCACCUGUACCUACGGGAAAACAAGAAUUGCUGCACACAGAACAGAUCUUUAUAUAUCGAUUGCCUUAGUCGGGCUUUUGGCGACGCUCAAAGAAGGCGAGCCUAUUUUGAAGAGACCUUUCAUAAGCCACACGAGGUGUUAGUGUAAAUAAGAUGGUCAGGUAUCAGGUUGAGGUAUACAGAGGACAAUCUGGAACAAGAUAGAAUCUUGACCUGUUCCGACAAGGCUGCUCAGUUUGUAAUACGUGGAAACAUGCGAAAAUGUUAAUGUUGUUUCAUGUGCACAUCCGCACUUGACGUUGUAUUGUAUUUCUCGUAAGGUCUGACUAUAGACAUACUGAUAUGACUAUAUGGAUGACAUUCACUGGGUUCCCCGAAUCGAUGCGAGCAAAACAAAGAAGUUGCCUUCUUUAUGAAAUCUAUCCCAACCGGGAAGGUUAAGCAAAUGACUUAACAAACAGAGCAUCGUAUGCCAAACAUUGAAUUCUUUUAUUUUGUCUUAAUUUCGUCUUAUCUUUUUGCAUUCGACGAUAUUAGUACCCGUUAUUCUAUCAUUCAAUAUGGUCACAAACGUUUUUGGAGGGGGCGUGGUGCACGUGCGGAUAUCAACCAUAUAAUCAAGUCAGUGUUGACUCGACUUGUGUCGAGAUGACAAGAAGCCAGGCCAAAGCAUGAUACGCUGGUUGUUCUGCUUGGCCAGGCCAUUUUAUCAAAUUACCUGUUCCUCGGAUGAAUUCAACCCUACGACUACUGACAGCUAGAAGACAUUAUUUGUCAAAGUCUUGCAUAUUCACAGGGUAACUGAACAACCCAACAAUGUAACGCAGACCUGCUCCACAGCAAAUGGUAGACAUCGUCCGGUAUUCAUAAGUGUUAAAUAUGAUGUAUAUUUUUCUGUAAUGUAAAUCGGAUAUUGACCGUGUAGGAAGAUUGAGUAUUUUUGAAGAAAAAAAAAACAGAAUUGUAUUGUAUAUGUCUAAAUGAUUACAAAUGACUGAAAUAUCGGA